AUGCCGGUAAACAGUAGUAAACAGUACGCGGUACGAUGGUGACAUGAACGUAUGGUACAGAUGGUACUAUUAUUCUUUUGGUGCGAUCCUUAGCUAUAUACGAGUAUAGGGCAGUGACAUCGCUAGCCUUUGGUAUACUAUUCGCUGUUACUUCUCGUGUGUAAACUGGAUUUUAAAUUGUUAUUAUUUUUAUGCGCCUGUAAAGAAUAAUUAUCUGUGUAAUUAGUGGUGGACAAGGGCGCCGGGAAAUGAUAUUUUACUGGGGUUUCUUAUAAAAACAAAUUAUGAGGUGGUUUCGGAAACAAGAUCAAUCUCCACGUUUGUUAAGUUUGUCACCUCUCAGAACAUUAGACUCUAAUGAUGCCUUUACCUCAGAUACAGCCGACAAAAUUGAAGAUGACAGCUCUUCUCCAUUGGAUAUACUCAGAACCCCUAGGCCACAAAAUAGACACCGGUCAAGAAUAGAUAUGACUCCUUCUUCUUGGGCAAGGCGUCACUACAAUAAAAGUGAAACCAACUUUUACAGCGUAGAAGAUAGCGUUAUAAUUCUUGAGAAGUCGGAAAAACGACGUCAUAAAAGCCAACCUAGAUUUUCCAGUAACAGUGGAAUAUUUACGUGUAAUCCCGAGAAAAAAAAUCCUCUCCUCGAUAGAGUAAAACAUACGAGACUUUCAUGUUUUCGUUCAAGUUCAAAUAAUUCUACUCUUGGAGUAGACGACAUUUUAGCUAGUAGUAAUACAGAUACAGAUAUAGACCCUUCAUGUUCCAAAGAAAGCUCAACAGGUGAAAAUAUUAGUAAUAGUGAUAGUGCCCCAUGUGAUAGUACUUCUAGGUCAUCGUGUUUCACUGCCAAACUUCGCGCCAUGUCCGAACGGUACUUGCAAAACUCAAAAACUAGACUUUUUAAUAAACUAUACAAAAAUUCAGAGACACCUGAAAAGUCGCGAAAAAAGAUUAUAAAGAAACGCAGUUUUUCAUAUGGUGCUUUACCUGAUUUAGAAACAUUUCGGCAAACAAAUGGGAUGAUUUAUAAUGAUGUUAAUAUAAACGAUGAGGAAGACCAUAUAAUGCUUCUUGGAGAUCAUGAAGAUUCUGAUAGUGGAAUAUUGGUAAAUGACUCAUUUGCUUCAAAUUUUGAGGGGCCUUUUAAAUCAGCUUCCCCUUUACAUAUCUCCGAAAUAAAAGACAUAGAAAUAGACAAGCCUAUUGUGAACUCUGCUGUUGAUACAUGUUUGAUUGGACUUCCAAAUAGAAUCAACUCAGCAGAUCGCCUUCUCUUACCAAAUUAUAGUAAAAAUGUAGCCAUUAUCAAAAUUAAGAAAAAUUAUCCAGAAGAAGAGUUAGGCAUAUUUAUUACGAAAAGCAAGCAGAUCUCUCAAGGUUACCUGGUGGGCAAAAUCGUACCUGGCAGUUUGGCUUCAAGAGGUUCAUUACAAGAAGAUGAUGAAAUUCUGAGCGUCAAUGGAACUUCCCUUUCAGGAGUGAGCAUAACAGAAGCCAAGCAAAUCUUAAAUACCGAUUCAGACAAAAUUGAAAUGGUAAUCAUCCGCUGUAUAAAAGAAUCUUUUGUAGACUUUGAGUUCAACAGACAUUCGGUAGCUGGGUCCAUCAGUACCCCUAGCCCUUUAAAUAAGAGGCAUUUCCAAAAAAAUUCAAUCCAUGGUAGCUAUACCAGAAUGCUCAGAAAAAGUUCCUCGUCAUCAAAAAAUGAUAGUAUAUCACCCCCUCCUAGUCCACAGUCUACUGAGCCUCCGUACUCAGAUUCCAGUGCAGCUUCAAACUUUUGUACUCUGCCGAGGAGACCUGCAUCCAGUGUUUGUACUUUUCACACAGUGACUUUGGAGAAAGGAGUUGGAAAGAAAUCACUUGGGUUCACCAUAGUUGGCGGGCGGGACUCACCUAAAGGGGCUUUAGGAAUUUUUAUCAAGACAAUUAUGGUUAAUGGUCAAGCUGCUGAAGAUGGCAGACUGAAAGCAGGUGACGAGAUUUUGGCUGUAAACGGACAAGUUUGUCAUGACAUAUCCCAUGCAGACGCAGUAUUACUUUUCAAAAGCGUGAAAAGUGGCCCAAUAACUUUGCGUAUUUGUAGGAGAAAAAAAAGUCGAAAUUCAUCCAAAGCCAAGUCAUGCAGCAACAUGUUAGAAAAGACGAGUUAGCUUGUAGUCAAAUAAUAUACAUCUGACCGCAAGCUCAUUUCUGGGAUUGAGGAUUCAAUAUUUUAGUGAAGAUGGGUAGAAUUUGUAUAAUGAGUUGAACCAUAAACCUUAUAUAGUUCAUUUACACAUUAAUACUCACUAAUAAAUAUACCGAUAUUGAUAGAUAAGUAAGAGAAAACUCUUCAUUUUCGUCCUAUUAUCAAAUCCCUAUAAAAAGUGUUAUUGUGGCCAAAUAUGUAUAUCCUCUUAAAAUAUCUCAUCAUAUUAUAGUACUUUAAGUUGCCAAAAAUAUUAAGAACUGAUUUUUGUUAGUUGUGUUAUUAUUUCUUUUUAUCGCCUGUAUGUGUAUAUUAUUUUGUGUUAUAGUUUUUCUGUUGUAAAAAUGUAUAAUAUAAUUUAGAUUAUUAUUC